GUUUCAUGCAUACAAGCAAAUAAACAAUAGAGAAAUGGAGAUCAACGUCCACUCCUCUAGGUUCCAGCUCUGUUGCUUGGUUAUUCUCCUUUGCUCUCCCAUCAUAGCCUUUGCUUCUAGUAAUCCUCACGAGGACUUUCUUCAGUGCCUCACCCUCAAUUCGACAAACGAUACCUCCAUUUCACAAGUCGUAUACACUCCAGCCAACUCAUCGUAUUCAUAUGUCCUGGACGUUUCUAUACAAAACUUAAGGUUCCUAACACCGGAUGCCCCAAAGCCAUUAGUCAUCGUUACCCCGGUGGACGUCUCCCAAGUUCAAACCACGGUCUACUGCUCGAGAAAGUAUGGCCUACAAGUGCGAAUGCGGAGUGGGGGCCAUGACUACGAGGGUCUGUCAUACCUCUCUGGUGUCCCGUUCGUCAUCCUUGAUCUGGUCAACCUCAGAACUAUCACUGUUGAUGCUGGAAAUGCAACUGCAUGGGUGCAGUCAGGAGCCACUGUCGGGGAACUGUACUAUAGGAUCAGCGAAAAGAGCAUGACCUUAGGGUUCCCUGCUGGGGUUUGCCCCACCGUUGGGGUUGGCGGGCACUUCAGUGGCGGCGGCUAUGGAAUGAUGUUGCGCAAGUACGGUCUCGCAGCUGACAAUAUCAUGGAUGCGCAGGUCGUAGAUGUGAAUGGCAAGCUUCUUGACCGGAAAUUGAUGGGGGAGGAUCUCUUUUGGGCCAUUCGGGGAGGCGGAGGGAACACAUUCGGGGUGGUGGUCUCAUGGAAGAUCAGGCUUGUCCCGGUUCCGGAGACCGUGACUGGAUUCGCAGUCCUCCGAACCCUAGACCAGAAUGCCACCAGUCUUGUCAACAAGUGGCAAUUCAUCGCAGCCCAGGAACUCCCAGAUGAGCUGUACAUGAGGGUCAUCUUGCAGAGUUACAAUGGGGCAGACGGCAACAGAACGAUCCAAGCCAUCUUCCAAACCCUGUACCUAGGGGAGGCUGAUGAGCUUCUUGACGUGAUGGGCUCGAGCUUCCCGGAGCUUGGGCUGACAAGAGAGGACUGCAUCGAGAUGCCCUGGAUCAACUCAACCCUCUAUUUUACUGGAUUCUCAGGCCAGCCCUUGGAAAUCCUAUUGAACCGAAGCUCAAACACAAAAAGCUACUUCAAGAACAAGUCGGACUAUGUGAAGAAACCCAUCUCCGAGCCCGUGCUGGAGGAGAUAUGGAAGUGGUUCUUCAAGGCAGACCAAGGAGCCUUGCAAAUGAUAUUGAACCCUUACGGAGGAAGAAUGAGUGAAAUUUCUGAGUCUGCAAUUCCAUUCCCACAUAGGGCUGGAAAAAUAUACAUGAUCCAGCACAUAACUGCUUGGAAUAAUGGAUCAGUUGAGGAAUCUGCCAAGGGCAUAUCCUUGAUCAGGAGCUUAUAUGGAUUUAUGGCGCCUUAUGUUUCAAAAUCUCCAAGAUCAGCUUAUGUGAACUACCGAGACCUUGAUAUCGGGAUAAAUAACGAGUUUGGUAACACAAGUUACAGGCAAGCCAGUAUAUGGGGCACCAAGUAUUACAACCGAAACUUUGACAGGUUGGUGAGGGUGAAGACUGCGGUUGAUCCGAGUAAUUUCUUCAGGAACGAACAGAGUGUUCCCCCGCUCACUUCUUGGUAGAUGGAAACGUGUAACAUAUACAUAUACACAUUUAUUGAAUGGAUUGAGAAUAAAUAAGAUCUUGUGAGAUGAUUCUGUAUGUUACGAAAUAAAGAAGAGAACGUCCUGUACUUAUUGAAUUCACAUGUGUUGUAUAAUUUCAUCAUUAAGGUUCUCACUAAUAAUAUUUGUCAAAUGGAUUACUAAUUCUAUUA